AUGUCGACUUCCACGCAGCUUGAGCCCAUCAAGGUCUGGGGAAAAGGCGGCCCCAACCCGCCCAAAGUCGCGAUAGUCCUCAAAGAACUCGGCAUCCCCCAUGAGAUCAUACCAAUCCCUUUCAGCGACGUCAAAAAGCCCGACUAUGUCUCGAUCAACCCGAACGGGCGGAUUCCCGCGAUCCAAGAUCCCAACACGGGCAUCACGCUGUGGGAGUCGGGCGCCAUCCUGCUGUACCUCAUCGACAAGUACGACCCGGACCGCAAGCUCAGCUUCGCUCUCGGGACGACCGAGUGGUACCAUGCGCAGCAGUGGCUGUUCUUCCAGACCUCCGGGCAGGGCCCGUACUACGGCCAGGCGGCCUGGUUCAACAAGUUCCACCACGAGAAACUGCCCAGCGCCGUGGAACGCUACGUGAAGGAGGCGCACCGCGUGACCGGCGUCCUGGAGGGCCAUCUGACGAAGCAGCGGGAGACAUUCGGCGAGGAGGCUACUGAGGCCUCGGGCGGGCCAUGGCUGGUUGGGAAUAAGCUCUCGUACGCCGACCUGGCGUGGGUCUCGUGGCAGCUCAUCCUGCCCAUGGUGGUUUCCGCGGAAAACGGCUUGGACUUGGGUCAGUAUCCGGUCGUGGCCGACUGGGUCGCCCGCAUGAACAAGCGCGAGUCGGUGAGGUACGGAAUGGGCACCAGUGAGGAGCUCAAGUGA